UGAGGAUGGAGUGGAGAUCCAAUGUUGAUGAAUAUUUUGCCGUAUUUGCAUCCUAAUCCGUCAUAUUCUCGACAUUUGAUUGUGAUCAUCAUAUUCAGAGACUUUUCUACAAUUGCAUAACACCUCAAAAUGUGCAGCAAAAGCUAAGAGCAGCCACAGUCGACAUUGAUCUUGUGUUUCCAUGACAACCCAAGAUUAGAUUGUUACCAUGGCGACCAGAGCUGCAACAUUCAAUGCUAAGUUGCGGAAUUUGAAGGACUACUUGUACAGAUCGUCCAACAACAUCACUCCCCUGCCAUCUGGUGUUGAUGUGGCUAACACCCUGAAAUAUUUCUCGCAGACACUUCUCAGCGUCUUGAAGGAUGUGCCAAGCAUUCCUGAUGAGAGUUACGGACCUCGCCAACGAGAUAGCAUCCGACUGUCCGUGUUUCCCAACUUGAACUAUAGUGGACUGCAUGCCUGUGUGAUUGGCAUCAUCGAUGUCGUGCCAGUAUUGCAGUAUGGACAAACAGCUCUUGGUGAGGCUGUGCUAUGUGUCCUCGGCUGCCUGGUGCCCUUCCUAGAGUACGACCUUCUGGACUCAUUGCCUUACAUCGUGGCUUCAACCCUAGCUACCUUCCCUCAAAGUUUACACUCAGACACAGUAGAACUGCUCUGCUCAAACCUGCUGCCCAUGACCUUAGGUUAUGCGGAAGUGAAUGAUACACCAACAUACGCCAGUGAAUCGGUCGCUGCCAUUAUCAUGAUGGUGUUCCAGUAUGUGGAGAACCGAGAAUAUCACUCGAGGCUGGUGGAAUGCCUGAUGAGCCUAAAGAUGGAUGUAGCCAAGGAUCUGUUGAUGGUGAUAGCCUAUGGACCUCCACAAUCAAGGGCCCCAGCAGCGAACCUCCUCUUCCACUAUUGGCCACAGCUCAACCAGGCCCUUUGCGACAAAACUGGCAGACAUUACAAAUACUUGGGAUUUGAGUUCACUGCCUGGAAGCCGUUGACAUGCCAGAGAGAGAAUUGCACCAAUGCUGGCAAUAGUGUGGCUAUAAAAAUGUGUUUGGAUCCAUCUCUUGCCAUCGAAGCAGCAGACAAGCCACCGCCCCUCUAUAUCUGUGGUAGCUGUGUGGAUGUCCUGAGGCGGAGUCAUGCCGAACAUCUCGUGGACGUCUUGCUUCCCAUGGACCACGUCUCACUCGUAUGUGAGAACAAGAACUGCACCACCAAAGACAACAUAGCCAUGUGCACGUGUUUCCACAUCGAGUGUGCAAGCUUCAACGGCAACCGGCCGAUCCGCUUCUGUGAGAACUGCCACAAAGCUCGACAUGCCAACAAGAAACAUGUGGUCCAGGUGACUGUGCCGUGUGUCUGGCAAUGUGAUCCGGAGUUGCAGUGCUACUUGGUGGAAGCCAUCGUCAGACUUCUGAAAGAGGCUCAGCCAAUGGAGACCAAGCGAGUGGUGGAGAUGGGUGAGGAGGUCACCCAGCAACAUCUGGAGGAUGAGGACGAGGAAGAAAACGAAGACGACGAGGAACAGAAGCUGUUGAGUAGAUACGGAGUCUGGCUACUGGUGGAGCUGUGCCCGCCAAGCCAAGAAGUACCGGUGGAGAUCUUGGGUCGACUUAUAGCGAUGUUGUUCCAGUGGUUUGAUGCCACAGCAUAUCUCCCGGAUGGAUCACCCAAAAUAAAAUCAGAUAAUAUUGGGAAUGCUUUGGAAAGGCUGAAGCCAAAUUAUGUCUGCACUUGGUUGAAGGAGAUAGCAAAGUCAUACUUUGAGGUGAUUCUAUCGUGUCUACUGCCCCAUCCUGUGGAGUAUGCCAGAGUUGGUGGCCAUUGGGACACAUUAUCGAGUCGCACGAGCCAGAUCAAGGAGGGCUUGAACCGUUUGUUUUGCCUGAUCCCGUAUGACAUCAUAACCUUUGAAGUAUGGGAUUACGUCAUGCCGUACUGGCUGGAAGCUAUCAGGACGGAGGUGUCAGAAGAUGAACUGUCGGAACUCAAGGUCAUCCUGUGCAAAGGCUUCGACAUUGACAUGUGUCCAUUACCAUUCUCUGUGGACAGGAUGUACGGGUUCGUCACAGACAGAUUUGAUGAAACAACAGCGUCAGUGCAGGAGCAGGCACUUCUAUGGAUGCAGAUUCUGUCAUCCCUGGAGAUCAUCAUCCCCCUGCAUCUCCUGGUGCACAUGUUCCAGUCGGGCGUCCAGAGCCUGAUCGAUGCCAAGCUGGAGCAGCAGGCGGCAGUCCAUGCCACGCUCUCCCCAGGUGCCCCACCAGAUGAGAUGCAGCCUCCACUGACACCAGGGGACCAGCCCUCCCCAUCGUUCACAACUAAUGAAGUUAACAAGGAAUCUGAGUUGAAUCUGCAAUGCUUUGUCUACAUGCUUGACUUGAUCUUCAAACAGGCUGAGCUGCAGGAUGCACCGCGCCACCAAAGCAUCUUCCACGAGAUGUCUAAAGAGAUCAUGUCCCUCAUUACUAAGAUGGUGCAUGCCCCCUGGGACGGUACUCACACCUGCACCGAUGUUGUCUCCACUAACUGUGUCAUGUGCCACAAGUGUGCUCUCUGGCAUCAGCUCUGCUGCCAGGCAGUGGAGUUCAUCACGCCUCGAGAUGCGGUCAGACUGCCCGAAAAGGAGUUACCAAAGGUGGAAGAGAUUCCAAAGGUUCACAGUCAGCACCAUCCUAUACCUCCAGCCGAUGACCAGGAUGAGGGUCCAUCGUUUGAACUGAACCAACUGCCAGUUCAUCUCCAGCUCAUUUAUGCUCUUCUGCAGGAGUUGUGUCGAGAGAAGGACCACCAGGCCAUCUACUAUCUGCUGAAGACUUUGAAGCUUCUCUGUCUGCAUGCUGAAUGCCUCAAUUACGCUGCCAAGGACACUGAGGAGUUUGUGAAGUACUCCCUCAAGAAGAUGCUCCUUCCAAAUCUCUGGAAGCUACUGCAGGCUGACUUGUCUCAUAUUGCAUCAGUGAAUGUACCAUUGAUGCUGCAUUGCCUGACCCUGCCCUCUGGUGCUGACAUCUUCUGGGGCCUCACUGAACAUGACUUCACCAAUGAUGACUGGAGGUUAAGAUUUGCAGCAGUUGAGAAAGUGACCAUCCUAGCUCGACUGAUGGAACUGAAGGCAAUCAAGAGCAACCAACCAAUCCUGACGUCCCUUGCCCAUGCCUUCUGCUAUCUGAUUGGCUCCCUGGAUGACAUGAAGUCAGCAGUCGCACAGAGGACCAUUCUUUACUUAGAAACGAUCAAGGAAACAUCUUUGAAGUGCCUCUGCGUGUGUCUGGAGUUCCAAUUCGACUCGGUCAUGAACGAUCGCUGUAUGAUUCUGCAGCGUAUGCACCAGCUCCACAAGCUGAUCAAGGAUAAACAGGUGUUGACGUGGGAAUUCUUCCUGAACCGAUUCGACACUCUGUCCUUGGAGGCUCAGCUUGACCUGGAGAGCACUGGUGAUAUACCGUAUGCAACAGACUUAACAAGCAGUGCGCGAGACAGUGAACACUUCAUAAGGAAACUGAACCGAGCGAGAUUCGCUCUGGCCAGGACGGAUAGUGUACGAUCUGUCAGCGAGAGUUUCUUAGCUAAGCCACCAUAUCGCCGAGCAUGUUCUGUCCCACUCCAUCUUGUGGCAAAGACCGCUAUCAAUCCAGCUAUGAAAGAGAAAGAGAAAGCUUACAUCCGGCAACAGUCUGCCCCGCAGUUUAACCUCGGUCGUCGCCGUCAAUCAUCAUUCAAAUUUGGAAUGGGAAUGUUUGGUAAUUACGGGUUUCCAGGCAAACGAGACGUGAACAGCAAUAAACAGCAAAAGGGUGGCCAGCUGAGAGAAUUCACCGAUGAGGAGAGUAACUUUGCUGCACUACUCCAGAGGGCCAUGGAUCUCGAAGGCGUUGACAGAGACACAGUCCACCAGCUGUCCGCUCUACUCAUGAAGUUCAUGGCAUGUGAGCGAACUUCCAUGACUGAUGACCGCCAUUCCGUGAAGGCCCAGAGCAUUGUGCUGCGUCACUUGAAUGUGCUACUUGGAUAUAACCAGACAGAGAAGGCAUUUAGUGUUCCUCCGUUCAAACUGAGAUGCUCGACUGUCUUCAAUGCUUUCCUGUCGGGAUUACCACAGGUGCUGGACAACAACUUCACGCUUGGGAACACGAUCCUACCAUUGUGUUUGUCACUACUGGCCUACAGUCCCUCGCCCCAACGAUACGCUACCGACUACCAGCCACCUAACUACACCUUGUGGUUCCUCGAGCCUCACACGAGAUUAACAUGGCUCCUUACAUUCUUAACUGUGCUGUACAAGUAUCAAUACAAUACCGCUGCACUAUCAGGUAUCGUCACGAUACUUGUGAGGAUCAUCUUGAACACGAUUGAUGCUCAACAUCACCGCUGUAGACGUCAUGACGAUACAUUUGGACCCGCUAGUCCUGUUAUCCCCAGGAACAGAGGCAGAGACACAAGCAACGUUUCUGUUGGAGACUUGGAGCAAAUCCAGGAGACGGAGACACCGCCACAGAGUCCGACGGACUCCCAGCAAUCCUCCGGUGAUGCGGUCACUAUCAGUGUGACAUCACCUGCAAAAAGCACAGUCCAUUACACGAAAUUAAGAUCAGAAAGUGAUGGCAGGACAGACGAGACUGCAUCAGAUUUGGACUCCUCACCGCCGACGGUUAAAAUCCUCUCACCGAAGAAGAAGGUGACACGUCGCACGCCGCGUCAGCUGCCUGAUUAUAGCUUCCACCAGGAAGAGAGCCAAUCACAAACAAGUGAGGAAUCAGGUAAAAAGGGAGAUGACUCGCCGAAGAAAUUGAAUACAGAUGAGACUGCUUUGAUCAAGAUGGAGUCGCCCGGGUCUGCACCGGAGACGCCGCAGCCUGACUCAGUGUGGAAGCUUCAGAAUGAUGUGGAGAAAGAGUUUGGUGAUGUGUCGGAUGUGGAAGACAAACCAGGCUCACCAGUGAAGUUAACCCUGGAGAGAAGCUUCGAGAGACAUCUCAUGGAAAAGGCUUUGAAAGAUUUGAAUCAGAGUUCACGACAAUAUGCUGCUUCCGACGGCCCACAAAGUCAACAGAAGAAGGUUGUGACACCGAAAGUAAGCGGAGAAUUUGUUGUGGAGCCUAUCCGACCUGGUGAAUUCAACACAGAUGAUAUGCCUCUCAGUCCAAAUCGUCCCCCAGAUAGCCCGAUCUUCAGGACGGUUCCUAAAGGUGGUGAUAUCAGCAACGGUAUUCACCACGCAGCAGAGAGAGUCAAUCCUGCCGCACCAAAAAUCAUCAUCCGGCAACAGAGUAGUAAAGAUGGUCCUGCACCGGACGUGGAUUACAAAAUGGUGCAACAGAUCCAGGAAUUCGAGUCGCAGAAUGAUCGGAAGAGAGUCGAUACCUCACCCGAGACAACAAGAGCAGAAACUAAGACUAUAGAUAGCUCCGGUGACUCAUACACAACAUGUCAGACGACGGCCCAAGAUGUCACUAUGAAGGAUACAACGAAUGAUGGUGCUGUGAGUACGUCUGGUACGACUGGCACCAGUGAUCAGACAUACUCAACCGUGUCUGAUUCGCUCUCUGUAACAUCUGAACGACGGGAGUUACUCAAGCCACUCAUUGACCCAGCAGCUCAAGCUGAAAGUGAAUGCGAGGACAGCCCAAAUGCAAGUCCUUUAUUGAAACCAAACUUUCGUCAGCGAAAGUCCAGAAAGACGGGUUUAACCACAGUUGAGCUUCAGAAAAUCAUACCUGAGUUGGCUGAUUCAAAGCAUCAUGAUCAACCGAAAAGUGGCAAAGAAAAGAAACAAAGGAGACCAAGAAAGGCAGACUUGAUCAAGUCCCAACAGAGUAGCAGCUCAACAUCGGUCAAGAAACCGAAUCCUCGCUAUGCCGAGAACGUCAUCGUGGAACGUUGCCCAGAAUGCCAUGCAGUUUUAGAGCAGUACGAUGAGGAUAUUAUCAGUCUGUGCAUCAUCUGUUUGGCGACGUUUAUCCACCGAGAGCCUGGCCUGGCUGCUCCUUAUCUCCUUGAUAUGUUGCAGUCUGUGGCAACUAUAGCAGCUAGUAACCCAUACUCAUGGCAGUAUGAUUGUAAUAAUCUAAUAGUGCCUGGAAACUCUGUGAGCGUGGCAAGGCAGUUCCUGAGAUGCACCCUACACCAGCUUGCUCCCAAUGGAAUCUUUCCACAGCUGUUCCAGAGCAGGAUAGAUGAACCUGACUUCAUGAAAACGAUGGCGAGUGCCCUGGUAGACUUCCCCGAGUUAAACUGCUAUUCACCGCUGCAGUUCAUAUUGGAGGUAUGCUCAUCUGAUUCCGACACGGAGGGUGUGAACAGCAAGAAGAGUUUACCAUCAGAAAACAUCAUGCUGCUCCUGGAGAACCUUGCUGCAUACAUGGACUGCUUGACCCUGGAGACGCCCAAUACCCUCUGGCCAAACAUCCUCGCCCACUUCGAUGCGUUCUUCAGGAAGCUGCCGGCAGUUCUGCCCAACCCGUGUGACAUGGCAGCUGUCAUCAAAAUCAUGAUCUCGGUCUUUAAGAUACCAGGCCUCUCCCAGUUCAAGGGUAUUUUGGAGCCGUUUUCAAAGUUGAUCAGUUUCAUGCUUCAGAACUGCUCAUUCAAGCUACAGAGUUUGAUCGACCUGUGUUCCCUGUGCAACAGAGCCUUCAGCAAGGACCGUGAUAAGCUACUGCUCUCUAGAAGUGUGAUCUUUGAACUGGUGGGGGCGCUCAAAUUCAAGACUGUCCUACCUGAUGAGAAUCUCUUGAUGCUGGUCCAGUUUGUUGUGAUUGAUGCCGGUGGCACCAUUGGGCCGACCAAUAUUGUUGAGGGCCUGAACACGUGCUUCAAUCCUCAGACUCAUUCUUUGCUGAGUACCAGCGCCAGUGAAUGUAUGAGGCAACAUCUUAGUGACUGUGUUGAGUUCAUCGCUGACCUUCAUACCAUCAAUAAAGUCAAGAGCAACAUGAAAGGUGGCGCCCAGAACCUGAAUGAGGACACUUUGGGGAGCCAUCUGAAGUCGGCCAUUUCCCAGUUCACUGCCCUGGAGUUUACUCGCAGUAACGGUCGUGAUAACCGUGCUAUCAGUCGCUAUUUACCGUGGUUGUAUCACCCACCGUCUGCCAUGCAACAAGGACCGAAAGAGUUCAUCGACUGUGUCGGUCACAUUCGUCUGCUCUCCUGGAUUCUGAUUGGCUCGCUGACACACACGGCCGUAACCCACUCAACAGGCAGUAUCCAGUGUCAGCCAAUCCCACUAGAGGCCAGCACCCAUAUCUCUGAGCACAUAAUGGUCAUCAUGACAGGAUUUGCUGAGCAGUCGAAGGCAUCAGUGCUCCACAUGUCAUCACUGUUUCAUGCUUUCAUAUUAUGUCAGCUCUGGACCAUGUAUUGUGAGACGGCAGCUAAUCACAACCCCCACUCGGAGGCAAGUAGUGCUGCCUUGUACACAGUGAUGGACUUCUGGGGCCGAGUGACACCUGGAGUGCUGCAACUUCUCUCUCAUUCAAAAGUGGACAAACCAGUUCUUGAGCUGGCAGAGAUGGUCAACCUUCACUUCCUGAGUCUGAUGGAAGCAUUGCAAGAAUGUAACUCAACCGUCUUGACAAAGCUGUUUGCCCUGUGGACUCCAGUCCUGUUCACCUAUCAUGCCCAGCUGCCAGGCCACCUACAAGUGAGGCUUCAGACAUGCCAGAACUGGGAACCACCCAAGCAAACCAAGGAUGAUAGUGGCAGUGAGGCAAAUGUCCUGAUGAAAUGGUUGAAGCGACUUCAAUUCAAACUUGGUCAGAUCGAGGUUCAGUCAUCUGCUGCUACACAGUUCUACACCGUGUAAACUGGGUUCGGUCGACUGCUACGUGACUCAGUUCUAGGGUUGGUAGAAAAGCAUGGACAACUGCGUUCUACAUGUAUAAUUGGUGCUGAAAGGUUUUUUAGAGAAAUGGAUUUAAUUUCUGUGAGCUCCAUCUUACUCUUGGAGAGGUGGGGGUUGUAUCAGGGUGAAGACAAAACCUUUAUCAUGUAGUUCCAUUACUGUCAUUGAAACUAGAGUGGUGUUGAUAUAUCUUUUGCUGUGAUGUUAGUAAUUGAACGAGACAUAUGUGCAAUGUGUAUAGACUAUGCUAGUGUAAAUAAAGUUGCUAAGUUAACCGUAUGUGAAUGUUU